UUGGAAGAGGAAUUAUUUCGAUUCAUUGGAAUAUUUGGGAAGAUUUGUGAGGAAGAUUUUAAGCAUGUGAUAUGUGAAUGAAUGUGGUUAUUGAGGAAGCACGCCGAGUGGAUAAUGGUGACUAUUUACUGUGCAUGACUUCAUAAAUGAACAAAAACUAAAAAUGUCGGAACAGGAGCGGAGAAAUCGAUUCCAUGAAGACGUAAUACAGCAUCGCCAUGCAUCAACUUCAAGUCAUCGGUAAAUACAUGCCUUGGGCCAUGAUGUAGAACAGGAAGAAGGAUGAUUAAAAGCAACUGUAUGGGAAACAAAAGCAGACUAAGGACAUUUUUAAUUUUGAUCUUGCUUGUCUUCAUUCAAGAAACAGAUGCAGCCAUCACUUUCGUUUUCCUCCCAGCUACAGUUAGCAUCCCUGAAACAACAGUUGUUUCCACCACUGUGUAUACGCUAUCUCCUGCUGGUGGGAGUGCCCCUUACACUUGUUCAAUCACAUCUCAAGAUCCCAAUGAUUCCUUCAGGCAGUUUACAUUCAACAAUCUUGGUAUAGAAACUGUCCUCACCUUUGACUUUGAAACCAUAAAUCGAUAUGUGUUAACAAUUGAAUGUGCAGAUACUAAUGCUGCAAAAGCAACCAGCUCUUUAACAGUUAAUGUUCUGGAUAUUAUUGAUGAACAACCAUUUAUAAGUGUGGAUUUCAGUGUCUCUAUUAAUGAAGAAGAGAUCCCUGGUACGGCUGUUCCAGGGCUGUUCAUUGUAACGGAUGCAGAUAUAGGGGAUGUUUUAUCAUACUCUCUUUCAGGUAGUGACACACGUUACUUCCAGAUAGAUUCAUCCUCGGGGACAGUUAGCGUGAAGACCAGGUUGGACAGAGAUAAAGUUGGAGCAAGACUUAUUUUCAAUCAGUUAUUUCUGGCCGUGACAGACUCUGCAGGGAAUUCAGAUGGAGCCAGCUUGAUAGUUACACUUGAUGACAUCAAUGACAACACGCCCACGUUUUCACCUAGUGUCUACCAUGUAACGGUGUCCGAAAAUGAGCCAGCAGGUGUGAGCCUUGUGACAGUUACCUGUACAGACCCUGAUCUCUCUCCUGGUAAUGGGGAGAUUACCUAUGCCAUUGCCUCUGGUGAUGACAUCACACCUAAGUUUGAGUUAUCGGGAACUGACCUGCAGACAACGGGUAACCCCAUAGACUAUGACACUUUGUCUGUUCAGAACUACCAGUACCAAAUUAUCAUAACUGGGACUGAUGGAGGGGCAGUGCCUAAAACUGGAACAGCAACAGUGAUAGUACACGUGACAGGAGAAAAUGAAGCAGAUCCUGUUUGGGGAGUUUUUAGCCCUGUGUAUGUGAGUUCGACCACCCCGUACGAUGUAAGAGAAGAUGUCCCUGUUGGAGAAACUGUAAUAACAGUACAAGCCACAGACUUGGACGAGGGACCUGAUGGCCUAUUGACAUACUCACUGGUAUCAGUUGUAGAUGAUUCGGGGGCUUCAUGCAUUGGAGUGUUUGUGAUAGAUCCUAUGUCGGGAUCACUUGUGACAGGUGAAACUUUAGAUAGAGAAGGCUCUUCCUCAUCUUUUUAUGACAUCUCUGUCCGGGUUUCAGAUAAUGGGUUACCAUCAAGAGACGUGGUUCGGGUACUUAGAGUAGAGAUACUGGACGUUAAUGAACACACUCCAAAAUUUCUCCAGUCCAGCUAUGAGGUUAUUAAAGGAGAAAACGAACCUGUUGGAACUCUUGUUACUGCAUUGGAGGUCACUGAUGAUGAUGUCACAUCAACAGUUACCUGUACAAUUGUGAGCGGAAAUGAGGAGUCCAAGUUCCAGAUAUCCGCUUUGAACAAUUUGGAGAUUCAAACUGUUAUAGAUCCGGAUAAACCAAACUCAGAUUCACCAUAUUACAGUGUGAUGAUAGAAGCUGUUGAUGGCGGCUUGCCACAGCAGACAGCAUCAGCUUCUGUUUUUGUGAGAAUAUCAACAAUGAAUGAGUUUAGCCCACAGUUUCUCCCAGGCUCACUGGAUCCAGUAUUAUCGAUGCCAGAAGAUACUAUAUUUGGUACCACAAUUAUGACCAUCUCAGCCACUGAUGAUGAUUACGGGCCAGAUGGUGAAAUCUCUUACACCAUUCAUUAUGCAACGCAUUCUUACAGUUUCAUACUAGACAGCAGAUCUGGUGCAUUGAGUUUGAGGAAAAGAAUACCCUAUGACACCUUGGCAGUGAAUCCAUUUCCAUUGUAUGUGGUAGCCACUGAUGGUGGAGGAAAGACAACCACAUCCACUGUGACAGUGUCAGUGCUUAGUGUCGUGCAGGAGGAUCUUACACCAUCAUGUACUGCAUACUCUCUGCAUGCUUUGAUUAUGGAAGACAUGCUUGUGGGAUCAGAUGUGAUGACGCUACCAUGCAGUUCUGGAGAUCCUGCAGAGGAUUUGACAUACCAGAUCACAUCUGGCAACAAUGGAAGUACAUUCAGCAUUGAUCCCUCUGGAGUUUUACAACUGAUAAAUGGACUGGACUACGACUACAGUUUUACCAAGUUCAACCUUGUGAUUUCAUUGUCCAAUAGUUGGGGUGUAAAUACACUGUUCAUUAAACUGAAUGUGAUACCAGUAAAUGAGGCUGCCCCGGUCUUCUUGACAAGUCCUGUCAAUGUUACCUGGGCAGAGGAUACUCUUCCUGGUACCAUACUAGUCACCAUCUCAGCCACAGAUGUGGAUGCCGACUCCCAUGGAACUGUCACAUAUGCUAUUUCAAAUGUUUCUCCUCCUAUAAAUGGCCUUUUUCUGAUGGAUAUGUACCAAGGCAGAAUAGAGCUGCUUAAGGAGCUUGAUUAUGAUAUGUUACCAGAGGGAGCCAAAUACCUAACUAUAACAGUGACAGCAACUGAUGGUGGGGGCUUACAGGGCACAGGAACAGUAUAUUUGUAUGUUACUGACGUCAGUGACAAUGACAAUGCGCCAUCCUGCGACCCCUCCUAUGUGGUAAUGCACACGCCAGAAAGCACUGCUGGUGACAGUUUCCCACAACCCAUUGGGAGCCCUUUGCCCUGCACUGACGUGGAAGAUGGGGGAAACCUUACAUUUGUUCUUUCUGAAAACACUCAUGGUACUAGGUUUGCUCUGGGCAAUGACACUGGCAUUAUGUACCUAACAGGGGCACUUGAUUACGAAACACUGAACUGGUAUACUUUUGAUGCUGUCGUCUAUGAUGGUGGGAUGCCUGUUCUGAAAUCUACGACAGUAACUGUUGUUGUGUCGGUAACUAAUCUCAAUGAUGGACCACCGGUGUACUCUGGAGUGUUGUCUUCCAAUGUGUUAGAAUCCCUUGAUAUAGGCAGUUUUAUCGUUAAUGCCACAGCCUCUGACCCUGAUUCGGCUAACACUGCAGAAGGAGAGCUGCUGUAUUCACUGAUAUCUGGAGAUCCUAACAACCAGUUUCAUUUGGAUAUCACAACUGGCAUAAUGAGUGUGAAUAAAAAGUUGGACAUAGAAGCAGUUCCAUUUUACAUGCUAACAGUGCAAGCAAUUGAGCGUGGUGGCGCAUUUAGCGCCACAACAACAGUUGAUGUUACCUUGGUGGAUGUUAAUGACAACAGUCCUGUUUGCUCUGACAACUUUGCCUAUGUGACGAUCAGUGCAAAUUCAGCAGUUGGUGAUUUACUGCUAGUUUUCAACUGCUCAGAUGCUGAUGUUGAAGCAGCUCAUAACAGUAUUGAGUACACCUUGACCAGUGGUGACACAACCAAGUUUCAAGUUUUAGCCAAUGAGCUUUCUUUAAAGGCAGACAUUGACGAUGAUGGUGGACAUACAUCAUAUGAUUUAACAGUGACAGCAUCAGAUGGCAUAAACACCCAGGUCAUCCAGGUGAAAGUUGACAUAAUGCCUGUCAAUAGACAUUCUCCAGAAUUUACAAAUAAUGGCAAUUAUUCUAUUGAUAUACUGGAAGAUGUGGUACCUGGAACAUCAAUCUUUCGUGUUACCGCCACUGAUGCAGAUUUAGGAAGUAAUGGGGUUGUCCUGUUCUCUUUAUAUACACAUCCAAAGUUUGACAUGGACCCCAGUACAGGGAACAUUAUUCUGGUGGAUUAUGUAGAUUAUGAAACAGAAUCCCAUUACACAUUGACUGCUACUGCUACAGAUCUUGGCUCUCCGGCGAAAACUGCAUCAGCUACAAUAUUUGUUACAGUUGCUGAUGUAGAUGAUAAUCCACCAGUAAUCGUCCCCAAAUCUCACUCACUCUUUCUGUCUGAAAACACUGCCUCAGGAUCAGUAGUCCAUGUUAUGAACGUCAGUGACCCAGAUGAAGGUUUGAAUUCUGACGUUGAUUGCAUUUUAUUAAGUGGAAAUAUUGACAAUGCUUUUGCGGUAGAAAGCGAUGUUUCUUUGAGUGAAUGCAAGCUUGUCGUAAACAGUUUGGACUAUGAAGUGCACACAUCUUUCCAACUUGUAAUUCAAGUGUCAGUAGGAGGAGUUGGGAUGGUAAGUGAUGCAUUUUUGCAUGUACAAGUACUUAGCUACAAUGAAUUUCCCCCAGUUUUUGUCCCUGUUUCAUCUUCCGAAGAAGUUUUUGUGGAAAACAGCCCGGUUGGAUCUACUAUAAUACAUCUGACAGCAACUGAUGAAGAUGCUGGACCAGAUGGUGAAGUAAUGUAUUCUCUUAUGCAGUCUGAUGCAUUUACUGCAGACGCCAAUACCGGUGAAGUCAUAGCUACCCGGUUAUCAGAUGCAGAAAGAGAGACCCAUCACGUCCUUACAGUUCUAGCUGUUGAUGGAGGUUCCAAUCCCGAACAAAAAACAGCCACCUAUACUUUGACUAUUAAUAUAGGAGACCUAAAUGAUGUUGCACCUGUCUGCACUCAAUCAUCUUAUAUCCUCUCUGCCCCUGAAAGCGUGUCACCUUUGAUGGUUCUAGCAAAUUUCUCUUGCGCUGAUCUGGACGUGGCCAGUCCUAACAAGGAUUUGGUAUUCACAGUCACUAACACAACCGUUGGUGGCAUUUUUGAAGUGAGUCCUGGGGUGGGGCAUCUUUUCACAUCAAUUCAUGUGUCAAGCUUGGAUCGGGAAUCAACUCCAAUCUAUGAAGUGACCAUUACUGUGUCUGAUAGCGGGACUCCACCAUUGAAAACAUCCAUAUUUGUGACUGUGCAAGUGAAAGAUGAAAAUGACAACGCUCCACAGAUUUGUUGUUCCCCAUAUAGUACCGUAGCAGAAGCUGACAGUCCAAUUGGCACAUCACUUUUUAGAUUCAACGCCACUGAUGCAGAUGCCCCUCCCUAUGAAACAGUCCGUUUCAGCCUUUUGUCAGGGAAUAUCAAUACUGCCUUCAUCAUUGACGCCACUACUGGUAUUGUUAGUACACGAACCGCACUGAAUAUCAAAGUACUCGAAUACAACCUGACUGUUCAAGCCUCGGACUUUGGAAAUCCUCCUUUAUCGACAACUGCUAUUUUAUUCAUCAGUAUACAUGUAAAAAUUCAACGAUUGCCAGUGUGUUCAGAAACGUUUUACUCCAGAACUGUGAGGGAAAAUGUCACAAUUAUGGACGAAAUAUUGAAAAUGAAUUGUUGGGAUGAUGAUGGGGAUGUCUUGUCUUUCUCCCUAAGCCCUUCUACUGUCCCAUUUACCAUCAAUGCAUCUGGAGUUAUUUCAUUGGCUUCAUCUUUAGAUGCAGAAACCACACUGUCUUACACUAUGGUUGCGUUGCUUUCUGAUGGAAAAGAUGUGAAAGAUGCGACUAUUAUAGUGAAUGUGGAAGAUGUAAAUGAAGUUGCACCUGUGUUUGAUCUGCUAGAUCUGUACACAGUCAUGGUCAGUGAGCAAGAGCCAGUCGGGACAAUAAUAACCACUGUUAAUGCCACAGAUGCAGAUGUGAUCAACACAACAUACUUCUACAUCACAGGAGGUAGAGGAAACAAUUUUUUUUCGGUAAACACUUUUUCUGGUGCUAUUCAUGUGGACCGACCGUUAGAUUAUGAAAGGUAUCGAGAUUAUGAAGUGGUGGUAACUGUAUUGGACCGUUUGGGCUUGGAGGCACUUUCUUCAACAGUCACUCUAACAGUUUCAGUGGUAGAUGUCAAUGAUAAUAAACCGAUUUGUGAUCCACCAUUUUACAAUGUUGAGGUGAACGAGAAUUUUGUGGGAUCUGUGAGAACUAUUUCCUGCUUUGAUCGAGAUUCGGUGUCUACAGAAAUGUUCUACUCCAUUUCCUCAGGGAAUAUUUACAACGAGUUUACUGUUGACCUGAACACUGGUGAAUUAAUGGUGUCUUCACCUCUGGAUGCUGAGAAUGCAACGUUGUAUGUCCUUGUAAUAAAUGUAACAGAUGGAAGCUUGUCCUCUGAGACAGAGAUAUAUGUAACUGUAAAGGACAUAAAUGAACAUGAGCCUGUUUUCACAAUGUCAAAUUAUUCUGUAACAGUUCAUGAGGAAACGGCUGUUGGGUCAUCCCUAUUUACUGUUCUUGCAGUGGACCAGGAUGCAGGUGAUGCAAAUUCUACGUUUUACUCGAUCAUCUCGGGCAAUGAAGAUCUCAGAUUCAUGAUUGAUGAGACAUCAGGUCUCCUGCGCUUGUUAUCAUCUUUAGACAGAGAACAAAUCAAGAGUUAUUCCCUGACAAUCUGUGCACGUGACAGGCCACCAAGUUAUAAUGAAUUCUUUAGCAGUGAUGUGACAGUUGAUAUUGUUGUCCAGGAUGCCAAUGAUAAUAGUCCAAUUUUUACAUCAGAUUAUUAUUUUGCAUCAGCCAAUGAAACUCAACCUGCUAACAUCAAUUUGGUUGAAGUGUUAGCGACAGAUGCUGAUGAAGGAUUAAAUGCCAACAUUACGUAUUCAAUUACUGCCGGCAAUGCUGAUGAUAUCUUUGAUAUUACUGGAGGUAACAUAUCGAUCAAAUUUGGAAAAAGUCUAAAUUAUGAACGAGCACAGAGUCAUUCAUUUACUGUCAUGGCUUCUGAUAUGGGAACUGUUGUAAAGUCCUCCUUUGCAGUUGUUAGUAUACAGGUCGUUCUGGUGAAUGAUUUCACACCAACCUUUGACACUAAUGACACUGUGAUUGUUAAGGAGGACAUAGCUACAGGAACUGUGAUCUACACUGCGACAGCGACGGAUUCUGAUUCCGGCAUUUAUGGAUCAGUAGUUUACUCAAUAACUGCUGCCGUCUCAGCAAAAAUGCCAUUUUUUAUUCACCCUAUCUCUGGCGAGGUUGAGGUGUGGUCUGAUCUGAGGUGUAAUACUGGGUUGGCAAACUACAGCUUAGAGAUUGUUGCAGAAGAUAUGGCUGGUGCCAUUGGUGCUUUGUCUGGCAAGAUGACACUGUCUGUGAUACAGUUAGAUGUAAAUGAUAAGAUGCCCAUUUUUAGCCAGACCAGCUACUCUUUCUCGCUAGCAGAAAAUAUUCCUGGUGGAACGAUUGUUGGAAAAGUCACUGCCACUGAUCCUGAUACUGGUCCAAGCGGCCUUGUGCGCUAUGACGCCAUGUUGGGAGAUGUUGACGACUUCACUGUUACCAAUGACACUGGAGAAAUUAGAACAAGUCUCAAUGGAACAUUUGAUUUUGAAUAUAAGAGUGAAUUUUUUCUUGUGAUCAAGGCAUCAGAUUUUGGAUCGCCAAAACAGUCCUCUCAAACUCUUGUUUAUGUGUCACUGUUGGAUUUAAAUGAUAACAUACCUGUGUUUGAACUGGGAAAUUUCACAAUUUAUGUCAGUGAGAGCACCCCAGUAUCAUCAUUCAUUGUCAAAAUGGUUGCAAGAGAUGUGGACACUGUAGGUGGUAACCUUACCUAUAGCCUUUUCCCAACCUUACAUUUUAAUAUUGACGCCAACACUGGAGUAGUCACGGUAUUAGCACCCUUGUACCGUGACACGCUUUCAGAGCAUGUGUUAACACUAAUCGUAACGGCUGAAGACACCAGCUUGAGUCCGCUGACAGGAACAUGUUCAAUGACAGUUGUUAUCCAAGAUAUCAAUGACAACAGCCCCAAUGUUGCUGCGGUACAUACCAAGAAUGUCAAAGAAGACACUAUGCCAGGAUCCAUAGUGAUCACUAUUGAAGCAUCUGAUUCAGAUGAUGAUUUGAAUGCUGAGCUCUUCUUUACUAUUACUUCUGGAAAUACAAACAAUACCUGGGCAAUAGAUGAGACCUACGGAACACUUUUCCUGAAUAAUUCAUUGGACAGAGAGUCUCAAGCAUAUUUCGAAUUGACCGUUGUUGUGUCAGACAAAGGUAACCCACCAAUGAACACCUCAACGACUGUACUGAUUACAGUUGAUGAUGCUAAUGACUGUGAGCCAACAUUAUCAUCCGGCAAUACUUCAUUUACAGUAUCAGAGGAUGCCACAACCGGGUCAUUUGUAGGCAUAUUAGUUGCACAGGACAAUGACAUUGGUGUGAAUGCUGCUGUAGAAUAUGAGCUGUUGUACUUUCUCCAUGGUCCUUCUCAUUUCGAUAUUGACCAAUUGACCGGAUCUAUUUUCGUAGCUAAUAUUUUGGACCGUGAAAGCAUAAGUCAGUAUGUGUUUGUCUGUCGUGUUCGUGACAAAGGAACUCCCACACUCUCAUCUGAUACAAACAUAACUAUUGAAGUGACCGAUGUGAAUGACAACAAGCCUCAUUUUGAGCUACCAUUGUACAUCUGGACAUUAGCUGAGGAUGCAUCUGUUGGUGUUGGUUCCCUGAAUUUAUCUGUCUUUGAUAAGGACGUGGGACAGAAUGCUCAGAUUACUCUCUCUUUUGAUGCUACUGUUAAUGGUACAAAGGCUGCCUCUUUCUUUUCUGGGGAUCCAUCAGGUACAUCCAUAACCUUGCAAAGGGCUGUUGAGCCAGAGACCCUCGACGGUCUUUCCUUUCUCCUUUUGGCUUCUGAUGGAGGAGCUACACCUCAGACUGGUUCAACAACAAUAUUUUUGCAAAUUAUGACUGUAAACAACAACAACCCAGUGUUUGAGGAAACAUUUCUAAAUCUAGCUGCAGCUUACGAUAGACGGUGUACUUUGAUUACCACAGUGAAGGCAAAUGAUGCUGAUGUCGGACUAGCUGGUACAGUAUCAUACUACCUUGUACCUGGCUCACACUAUUUCUCAUUUUCUGUUGAAGAACGGUCGGGUGAAGUGCAAGUGAGGAAGGAACUAGAGAAGGAGAAGACUUUCGCGUUGUAUAUAAAUGCACAAGACAACGGCGCUCCCCCCAAGAGCACUGAUGCCUACUUGUCUCUACGAGUAGACUCAUUUGAUCCUGCUGCUGUUUCCAUUUCAUUUCCUGCGAGUGUGAGUAAGUCAUACAUUGCUCAGUUUGAAGACAGUUUUAUGGCUGAUCUAACCACUAUCUACAGAAAGGAAUAUCCUUUAGCUGUGCCAAAAUUGUGGUGCAGGGAAGAGAGAGAAGAGUAUGCUGAGGAUCCCGUUUCACGCCGUCGAAGAGCUAUUCCAGCUGGGAGCAAAGCAGUUACUCUCCAUGUGUAUAUCUUGGCAGACAACAGCACUGAAUCAGUAAACAGCUUUUAUAAAGCAAAGACAUAUUUGACAGCAUAUGUAGCACUUCAUUACCUUCUGAAAGAAAAUGGUGGUAAUAUAUCAGAGACCUUUGCAGUUUACAACUGGACAGCCUAUGGUAUUGUUGGGGCACAGCUCUCCCAGCCAGUGGAGGACCCGAUUUCUGACAUCGCUGUAAUUGUUAUCUGUUCAGUAUUGGGAUUUCUACUGUGUGCAAUUCUUAUCUUUAUCUUGGUUAAAUGUCAUCUGCGAGAGAAAGAAAGAACGGAUGAAAUUGCCCUACAAGAGCUAGCUUGGGAAACCAACGCAGGGCGAGGCACAUCAGAACUGCACUCGCCAGGAAUCAAAAGGUCUAGACCUUGGAAGGACAGAGUAAUUAAAGUUGACCCAGUGACCGGUAACCUGUUUCAAUACGACAACAGCACCCAACAACUGCACUGGCUGUCAACACCAGAUGGAAUACCUUUCAACCUAGAAUCACUUUCAAUUUUUCAGGGCAAAGAUAAUAGCAAUGCUGAUAGAUUUAACCAAGAAGAUACAACAGAAAACUUUUAAAUUUAACAGCUACCUUAUUUUAACACCAAAAGAAUUUGGCCUGUUCAGAAGUAAUUGUUAUUAAAAAAUGAACUGUACAUCAUGUUGGCCUAGAUAAAUGUGUUGUCUCUCUGUCUCCGACUUGUUUUCCGCUCUCUCCGCUCAUAUUAUUUUACAGGGAUUAUGUGGUUACAUUUUAGUGUAGGCAAGGCUAACGCUAUUACCCUUUCAGGAAGGGUAUUCAGAUUUGUUAUGUUGGCUUACUGUCUCGUAAUGUAAAAUAGGGUACAUCUAUGCAGCAGCCACAAGAUGAAAAAGCCUAGUCUUUCAAACUUGUUGCACAGGCUUACCAUGUCUUAAGACAGUAUACAUUUAUGUUGUGGAAACAAGUUCAAAAUGUCAUACCCUUUCACAUUUGCCAUGUAGGCUUACUAUAUAUGAAGACAAGUUGGACAGUAGUAUAAAAUAGGAUACAUCGAUGUAAUCUUACGGUUUCAAAUUUGGUAUGUAGGCAGCAUUACUAUAGCUAUUUAUUGUGAUUAGAUCUGAGAUCUGUUUCAUUCUACUCAGCUUAGCUUUCAGAUAUACAGAUGUGUUCUCUUCCAUUUAGUAAUCUGGAACAUGGUCUUUUCAAGAGUGAUGUCUUCAACUUGUCAGAGGUUUGCAUUACAAAAACGUGUUUCCUUUAAUCUUUCAUUAAUUUUGACUUCAUAUGAUCUCAGCAUUUACAAUUGAUAAAGAUCAAAUUGUCGCAGUGAACGGAACUGUACUUUGUGCUUUGACAGCAAGCCAAACUUAGCUUACGAUUUUUGGAUUUGAGUCAGUCACAUUCUGCAUCAUCCGGAAAAGAUAAAGAUGGAAUGAUAUAGUGACACUGAAGCACGGCAUACGCAACUAGUCAUGGUAUCUCAACACCGAACCGUGGUACAUUGAAACAAAGAAAUGGCAAAGGCAUGGUAUACCAAUACCAAAUCAUGGUACACUGACAUAGUUGUGGUAAACUGACACUAUGCCAUGUUCUACUGGCAUUGAAUGUACAUGGGAAGGUUUACCAGCACCUUACGGAUGUUGGUGGGUUUCCCCAGGACUCUGCCUGGUUCCUUCCGCCAUAAAUGAGUCCACUUUCAUAUAAACAAAAUUUUCUUGAGUACAACAUACUACAACUCCAAUCCAAUUCAACAGGCAUGGUAUACAAACACAUAGCCAUGGCACACUCACGCCAAACCUUGGUACACUGACACUAAUCAUUGAAAUGCUGACACCAAGUCACAGUAUACUCCCACAAAACUGACAGUUCCACCAUUUUAUUCCUUCUGCUGAAAACAUGUUCUUGGCACGUGAAAUUUGCAUUAGUAUGUACGGAAGAGAAGGAAUCUGCUAUGAAGAGGUCAUGGCCGCAGAAACAUGUAGCGCUUAAAAUUGAUAAAACCAAAACUAAAAUUUCCACAGAAGCAUGGACCUUCAUCAUUCAAUGAGUUAGUUCAUGCCGCUUCACCAAACUGCAAAGUGGCCAAUCUAUGAUGACAGUUGAGAUAAUCAGUAUCUGUAGCUCGUAAAAAUAUAGUUAAGACGUAUGUCACCUUAGUAAUUGAGAAACGCAAUGUCAGUCAUGACAGCUUUGUGGAAACAGCCCCAUACAAGUGGGAACUUCUUUUGUUAUAUCGCUGGAUUUAAGCUUGACAAAUGUUUCCCCAAAUAUUGUCGGCU